AUGUCGGCCCUCACCACCCUGUUUAAGUACGUGGAUGAAAAUCAGGAUCGCUAUGUUAAGAAGCUUGCAGAAUGGGUGGCCAUCCAGAGCGUGUCAGCAUGGCCUGAGAAGAGAGGCGAGAUCCGCAGGAUGAUGGAGGUGGCAGCUGCCGACAUCAAGCAGCUGGGCGGCUCUGUGGAGCUGGUGGACAUUGGGACCCAGAAGCUCCCGGAUGGCUCCAAGAUCCCGCUUCCGCCCAUUUUACUCGGCAAGCUGGGCUCCGACCCGCAGAAGAAGACGGUGUGCAUCUAUGGCCACCUGGAUGUGCAGCCAGCGGCCCUGGAGGACGGCUGGGACAGCGAGCCCUUCACCCUGGUGGAGCGAGACGGCAAAUUGUACGGGAGAGGAGCCACCGAUGACAAGGGGCCGGUGGCCGGCUGGAUCAACGCCCUGGAAGCCUUCCAGAAAACCAAGCAGGAAGUCCCCGUCAACGUCCGCUUCUGCCUGGAGGGCAUGGAGGAGUCCGGCUCCGAGGGCCUGGACGCGCUGAUCUUCGCCCAGAAGGACACGUUCUUCAAGGAUGUGGACUACGUGUGCAUCUCCGACAACUACUGGCUGGGCAAAAACAAGCCCUGCAUCACCUACGGGCUGCGGGGCAUCUGCUACUUCUUCAUCGAGGUGGAGUGCAGCGACAGGGACCUGCACUCCGGCGUGUAUGGCGGCUCUGUGCAUGAGGCCAUGACCGACCUCAUCAUGCUGAUGGGCUGCCUGAUGGACAAGAAGGGGAAGAUCCUCAUCCCCGGCAUCAGUGAGGCCGUGGCCCCGGUGACUGAGGAGGAGCUGGAGCUCUACGAUAAGAUCGACUUUGACCUGGAGGAGUAUACCCGGGACGUGGGCGCCAGGACCCUCCUGCAUGGCUGCAAGAAGGACAUCCUGAUGCACAGAUGGCGUUACCCAUCCCUGUCUCUCCAUGGCAUCGAAGGUGCCUUCUCCGGGUCAGGGGCCAAGACCGUGAUUCCACGCAAGGUGGUCGGCAAGUUCUCCAUCCGACUCGUCCCGGAUAUGACUCCGGAAGUGGUCAGCGAGCAGGUUACGAGCUACUUGACCAAGAAGUUUGCUGAGCUUCACAGUCCCAACAAGUUCAAGGUGUACAUGAGCCACGGCGGGAAGCCCUGGGUGUCCGACUUCAACCACCCUCACUACCUGGCUGGGAGGAAAGCCCUGAAGACAGUGUUUGGUGUUGAGCCGGACUUGACCAGGGAAGGCGGCAGCAUCCCGGUGACGCUGACGUUCCAGGAGGCCACGGGCAAGAACGUCAUGCUGCUGCCGGUGGGCUCGGCAGACGACGGAGCGCACUCCCAGAACGAGAAGCUCAACCGGUGCAACUACAUCGAGGGGACCAAGAUGCUGGCCGCGUACCUGUAUGAAGUGUCCCAGCUGAAGGACUGA